UCUUCCUCCUCCCGACGGCCAGAGCUAAGGGAAGCUUGGAGGAAGCCUCCGCCGACACCAACCCCGGGAAGAUAUGCCGAACAGAAUGUAAAGUUAUCAUGGCCUUACUUACAGUGACAGAUAUGGAAGGAACAGUAUCAUCUACUAUUCAUCAAAACGGUGGCAUUGUUGGCAAUUCUACCAUUUCUCAACCAUCCGAACAGCUGUUUCGAAUUUACCUUUAUAAUUCCCCAGGAAAGACAGAAGGUGACUAUCUACUGUUUCCAGCUGGAGAGUAUGUUGCAGAAGAAAUUUGUGUUGCCUGCUGUAAGGCUUGCGGGAUCCUGCCUGUGUACCACAACAUGUUUGCACUAAUGAACGAGGUUGACCGAUGUUGGUAUCCUCCAAAUUAUACCUUCCAAAUAGAUGGAUCAGCUACUAUCACUGUACUCUAUCGAAUAAGAUUUUAUUUCCCGCACUGGUAUUGUAGCAGCAAUGUACGAGCAUACCGGUAUGGUGUUUCUCGAAGUGCAGAGAGUCCCGUCCUUGACGAUAUUGUCAUGUCUUACCUAUUUGCUCAGUGGCGAGAAGAUUUUGUCCACGGGUGGGUAACAAUGGCUGUGACUCAUGAAACGCAGGAAGAAUGUCUUGGAAUGGCUGUCCUUGAUAUGAUGAGAAUGGCCAAAGAGAAGGACCAAACUCCAUUAGCCAUUUACAAUUCUGUAAGCUACAAAAUGUUUUUGCCAAAAUGCAUCAGAAAAAAAAUCCAAGAUUAUCAUAUUUUGACACGAAAAAGAAUAAGGUACAGGUUCCGGAAAUUUAUUCAGCAAUUCAGCCAGUGCAAAGCAACUGCCAGAAAUCUGAAACUGAAGUAUCUCAUUAAUUUGGAAACCCUCCAGUCUGCCUUUUACUCAGAAGUGUUUAACGUGAAGGAUCCUGGAAGAGAACCUUCAGAUGCAGAAUCUUUUGCAACCAUUAUUAUAAGUGGAAAUGGUGGGAUACAGUGUUCCAGAGGAAAACAAAAUGUCAGUGAUAUGCUUGCAGAUGAGGACAUACAAAUUUACUGUGAUUUUCCUGAUAUUAUAGAUGUCAGUAUUAAGCAAGCAAAUCAAGAAAGUUCUGGAGAAAGUAGAAUUGUAACCAUUCACAAGCAGGACAGCAAGAAUCUGGAAGCUGAAUUUCAUUCAUUAAAAGAUGCGCUUUCUUUUGUAUCAUUAAUUGAUGGAUAUUAUAGAUUAACAGCGGAUGCUCAUCAUUACCUUUGUAAAGAAGUGGCACCUCCUUCAGUUCUUGAAAAUAUCCAGAGCAAUUGCCAUGGGCCAAUUUCCAUGGACUUUGCAAUCAGUAAACUGAAAAAAGCUGGCAAUCAAACUGGCUAUUAUGUUCUUCGUUGCAGUCCAAAAGAGUUUAAUAAAUACUUUCUUACCUUUGCUGUGCAGCAAGACAGCAUAAUUGAUUAUAAACACUGCUUGAUAACAAAAAAUGAAAAUGGAGAAUAUAAUCUCACUGGAACUAGAAAAAGUUUUACCAACCUUGUGGAUCUGUUGAAUUGUUACCGUACAGAAACUGUCCGAUCGGAUAAUAUGAUUUUCCAGUUUAUCAGAUGCUGCCCUCCAAAGCCAAAAGAUAAGUCCAACCUUCUUGUCUUCAGGAGCAAUGGAGACUCUGAUAUGCCAACAUCGCCUACCUUGCAGAGACAUAAUAAUGUCAAUCAGAUGGUUUUUCACAAAAUUCGGAAUGAAGAUCUUAUCUUUAAUGAAAGCCUUGGGCAGGGCACCUUCACUAAAAUUUUCAAAGGAGUAAGGAAAGAAGUAGGAGACUAUGGUAAAUUGUAUCAGACUGAAGUCUUGCUGAAAGUUCUGGAUAAAACGCACAGACACUAUUCCGAGUCUUUCUUUGAAGCAGCAAGCAUGAUGAGUCAGCUUUCUUACAAACAUUUAGUAUUAAAUUAUGGAGUUUGUGUCUGUGGAGAAGAAAAUAUUCUGGUCCAGGAGUAUGUAAAAUUUGGAUCAUUGGAUACUUAUUUGAAGAAAAAUAAAACUUCUAUAAAUAUAUUGUGGAAAUUAGAAGUUGCAAAACAACUAGCAAUGGCAAUGCAUUUUCUGGAGGAUAAAAACCUGGUACAUGGGAAUGUAUGUGCAAAAAAUAUCUUGCUUAUCAGAGAGGAAGAUAGGAAGUCUGGGAACCUUCCUUUUAUCAAACUUAGCGAUCCUGGUAUCAGCAUUACAGUUUUGCCAAAAGACAUUCUUCUGGAGAGGAUUCCAUGGGUGGCCCCAGAAUGCAUUGAAAACCCUAAGCAGUUGAGUCAGGCGGCAGACAAGUGGUGUUUUGGGACAACUCUGUGGGAAAUCUGCAGUGGAGGAGACAAACCUCUCAAUGCACUGGAUUCUCAAAGGAAACUACAAUUUUAUGAAGACAGGCAUCAGCUUCCUGCUCCCAAUUGGACAGAACUGGCAAAUCUGAUAAACAAUUGUAUGGAAUAUGAAGCAGAUUUCCGGCCUUCUUUCAGAGCAGUUAUACGGGAUCUGAACAGUUUAUUUACGCCAGAUUAUGAAUUAUUGACAGAAAACGAUAUGUUACCAAAUAUGAGAAUUGGUGCUCUUGGAUUUUCUGAAGCUUUUGAAGGACGGGACCCAACUUACUUUGAAGAGAGACACCUCAAAUUCUUGCAGCAACUUGGCAAGGGUAAUUUUGGUAGUGUGGAAAUGUGUCGAUAUGAUCCACUGCAAGAUAAUACAGGGGAAGUGGUGGCUGUGAAGAAACUGCAGCACAGCACAGAAGAAUACCUGCGAGAUUUCGAAAGAGAAAUUGAAAUUCUCAAAUCUCUGCAACACGAUAACAUUGUCAAAUACAAAGGAGUGUGCUAUAGUGCAGGACGGAGAAAUCUGAAGUUGAUAAUGGAAUAUUUACCCUAUGGAAGUUUACGGGAUUAUCUCCAGAAACACAAGGACAGGUUGGAUCAUAAGAAACUCCUACAGUAUGCUUCUCAGAUAUGUAAGGGCAUGGAGUAUCUGGGUUCAAAAAGAUACGUUCAUAGAGAUCUGGCAACAAGGAACAUCUUGGUGGAGAAUGAAAGCAGAGUGAAAAUUGGAGACUUUGGCUUGACAAAGGUUUUGCCACAGGAUAAGGAAUAUUACAAAGUAAAGGAACCAGGAGAGAGUCCUAUAUUUUGGUAUGCUCUGGAAUCUUUGACAGACAACAGGUUUUCUGUGGCCUCAGAUAUGUGGAGCUUUGGUGUGGUUUUGUAUGAACUCUUCACUUAUAUAGACAAGAAUAAAAGCCCUCCAGCGGAGUUCAUGCGCAUGAUUGGAAAUGAUAAGCAAAACCAGAUGAUUGUGUUCCAUUUGAUAGAGCUUUUGAAGAAUAAUGGGAGGCUGCCGAGACCCGAUGGAUGCCCUGAUGAGGUUUAUAUCAUCAUGGCAGAGUGUUGGAAUAAUAGUGCAAGUCAGCGGCCAUCUUUUAGGGAUCUUGCUUUGAGAGUGGAUGUCAUAAGGGAAGGCCUGGGCGGAUGAAAAUAUUGACCUUGAUUCAAAGGGACAUGAAAACAUGCAGAGCAAAUGUACUUUGCUCCUUCGGCAGUUGCAGAUUAUUGGCCUUCUCAUACAUCUUCUUCCUAUCCUUGAAGGUGGAGACUUUGAGGAAAUCAUCCCAUCAAAACUUACAAACGGUGAAGAUCUCUGCUUUAGCUCCUUCAUCAGGAAUGCUAUCACAAUGCACCAAUGGAAAGCACUUUGAUAGAAAAAGUUCCUUUUUUAAAAGAGUAAAACAGUAGUUAGUCAGUAUCACCUAAUACGGAUUUGCAAAUCAAAACGUCAAGAAGAAAAGUCAUGGAAAGGUGGAGAGUUGGUCUACAGAAUUUUUCUUUUCUGAGCCGAACAAAAUUUAGGCAGCAAUCCUAUACCCUCUCUUUCAUGGGCUAUGCCCUACUAAUUUCUUGAGACUUAUUCUAAGAAAGUGGAAUUGUGCUCUUAAACAGUAGAUUACCUGCAGAAUGUGUACUAUUCAUCUUCAGCACAACUGUUAAAAAAAAUCACAUUCCUAAAGGCAUCACUUUGAAGAGGAACAAAUGUUUGAAUUAAAGCUUAGCAAUGCCUGUGGACAUCAGAUUCAUGCUGUGGUCUUGAUCACUGAUUGUACUGAUUGUACUGAUUAGAACAAAAUGAUUUCCAAUCUUUU